AUGAGUGGAUUAUUCGGUCGACUCUUUUCCAACGUUAGAGGAUUUUACAAUGAAAUUAAUUCAGCCACAUUAACUGGGGCUAUAGAUGUGAUCAUCACAGAACAAGAAGAUGGAACAUUCGCCAGCUCCCCGUUUCACGUCCGUUUUGGAAAAAUGGGCGUCAUACGAGCCAGAGAAAAAUUGGUUGAUAUUGAAAUCAAUGGUAUACCAGCUGAUAUACACAUGAAGCUAGGAGAAGCUGGGGAAGCUUUCUUUGUUCAGGAAGUUGAUGAGGAAGUUCCUCCCCACUUGGCUACAUCUCCUAUCCCUUCGUCUCUGGAACUUAUGGAAGAGGGAAUCAAAGAGAUGAAGGGAGGGACUGGAACAGUCACCAGCACACCCAGCGUUACCACGACAACCUCUAUAUCACAAGGGGAGGUAACUUUAGACCAAUCAGCAGACGAUUUCAAGUCAGCCAUGAGUAUUUUGUUGAAGGAUAUGAAAAGUGACAGUUCUGUGGACGAAAACAAAGAGGAAGAAAAACCAAAACCACUUCGUAAGAAAGUUUUGAAGAAGAAGAAAGUUGGGGGGAAAUCGUCCCCGCGGGUCAUGUCUGCGUCUAUGCCAGAAGGGGAUGGAAUAUUCGAUAUGGAAGUGUCAGAAACAUCGUCCGAGGAAGAGGAAGUUGUGAAACUUUCCAAAAGUAUGACUUUUCCUGUGUUGGAGUAUGACGACACUGUUGGAAUCGGGUGGAGAAAAACGUCGUUUGUUCAUCCAUUAAGUGACCCUGAGAUAUCUCCCAUUUGUAGUCCACAAGCUUCAAGACCACCAAGCCCAGUCAGUGAUACAGAAGUUGACAGACAGCGUGUGGAGAUAGCUCAGCAAUCUAUUCUGUUAGAGGACACUGCCACCUGGGAAUGGGGUGACUUCCCUAAACCUCCGUCAUCCGAAAUGUUGUCCACCAUGACUGAUAAAUCAGUAGACAAAGAGGACAAAGAUAAGAAUAAAUCAGGGAAGCUCUUCCGCUUGUGGAAACGUGAAAGUUCCAUGAAACAGCAAGAAGCAGAUGGAGUUUAUUUAGAUGACCUACAACUUGAUGAUCCAGAAAUUGCUAAAUUAUACCUUGGCAGUCCCCGAGGAUUUAUGUCGAUACGAGAUGAUGAUUGUGAAUCAGGUCGCGGAGCCUCGUUACCUCAAUCUCCACACUCAGUAGAUGGCGCUGUGGGAGGACCAGUCAGUUUCUUGGAGUCAGAGGUCCGGCACCUUGGACACGUCUCUCUGUCUCUGUGUGGCGGGCUGUCUGAUCCAGAUGGAGUGAACUUAGAGAAGUUUAUGCAGAAGGUGGUUACGUUUGGUGAUCUGUGUGAAAAGCCCAACAUGAUUAAUGAUCCUGAUCUGGUUGUCCGUAUACAUGACAAGGGUUACGUCAACUGGCAGGUGGCAGCACCAAUGUUGAUAUCUAACGUUGUUUUUCAUAAAGAUCUUCCUGAGGACACAGUCAAGUCCUUAAGUAAAGAACACAUGCCAAAGAAGAAGAAAUCUGGUGGGUCAUCAUGGUUUCCAUGGCGACGUACUAUACCAGCAGACACCACACAGGAAGUGAGCACGUCAGCCGUUACUACCCCGACUACCCCAACAACCAUCCCUUCAUCUAUAGCAACCACAGAAUCUGAGAGCUUUAAUAAAACGAGUGAUAGUGGAUUAAACGUAACCACAUCAGUCAGUGGAGCAUCUAGUGCACCAACCAGUGUUCAUUCUACUCCUAAGAAAGAACCAAAACCAAAGGAAGAGAGCAGCUUAUCUCCAAGUGAAAUAGACUCAGAAGGUUCCGAGGAAAUCCUCAUUUCUCAGUCAUCGAUCAAAAAGAUACCAGAGUUACCACCCCUGAAUAUGGCCACGAUUCAUCGUGGUGAGAGUCCCCCGGAUGUUUGUAAGAAAAGUCUACGUUUAACCACAGAACAAAUUAGAAAGUUAAAUUUGAGACCAGGUGUAAAUGAAAUCACGUUUUCAGUCACAACUCAAUAUCAAGGUACCACACGCUGUACCUCUCAUGUUUAUCUAUGGCGCUAUGACGAUAAGAUUGUGAUAUCAGACAUUGAUGGCACCAUCACAAAGUCUGAUGUGUUGGGCCAGAUUUUGCCGAUAUUAGGCCAAGACUGGACUCAGUCUGGUAUAACAGAUCUCUUUACCCGUAUUGAUCGGAAUGGCUACAAAAUCAUCUACCUCUCAGCUAGGGCUAUUGGGCAGUCCAAAAUUACCAAAGAUUUACUGAAAAACAUCCGACAAGGAGAGUUAGUUCUGCCAGAUGGUCCUCUCUUACUUAAUCCUGCUUCUCUUAUCAGUGCUUUUCAUAGAGAGGUGAUAGUGAAGAACCCAGAGGAGUUUAAAAUAAACUGUUUAAAAGAUGUAGCAGACCUCUUUCCUCUGUCUCCAUUUUACGCUGGAUUUGGUAACAAAAUCAAUGAUGUUGUAGCAUAUCGAGCUUUAAAGAUCCCAAGUUUCCGUAUUUUCACCAUCAACCAUCGAGGGGAGUUAACUCAUGAUCUCUCUUACAAGUUUCGCUCUUCAGAAGAAAAAUCUCCCAGAUACACGAAUCUAAGUCAAAUCACUGAUCAUUUCUUUCCUCCUCUACAUUUACGACACCACACAAACGAAUUUAGCUCUGUGAACUAUUGGAGGCAGCCCAUUCCAGACAUUGAAGGACUGGAAGGGGAGGGUGUGUUAAAACUUGAAAAUGAAACGAAAUAA